CGGUCGCUCGGCCAGUGGCAGGGAGCAUGGCGGCCCCCGUGUACCCGGCCUGGGUCACCCGCUGGGUGUCCGGGCAGUGGCGGCAGAAGAAGCGGCCCCCGGUGCUCCGCCCCACCCGGCCGCUGGUGCUGGCCAACAAGGUGGCGAACCGCAAGGAGAAGGCGGGGGAAGCAACAUGCAUUACGGAGAUGUCAGUAAUGAUGGCCUGCUGGAAACAGAAUGACUUCAAUGACGCAGCCUGUGCCGAGGAGAUACGGACGUUCUAUGACUGCGUGGCAAAAGCAGAAAAGGAGCGCAAGAAUCUAAACGAGGACACCUUGUCACCCCAGGGAAACAUGCCUUCAAGCAAAGUAAACAAGCUCCUGAGGAGGUUUCCCCAGAUCACACGUUAUGUAUAAUGUGCUUUACUAAAGGAACUGCAGACAGGCAAUUACAGUUGGAGACUUUGGUGAAAAGUACACUGGAUGUCAGGCAGUAUGUUUCAGUACUGAGGUAUGGUGCUUGACCUCGCUUUUGUUUUCAGAGUAAAAAACACAUGUCCUGACCAUCA